AUGCUAGAAUCCGGCAAGUACAGUUAUGACACGGGGUCGGUGCCGAGAUUCCAUGCCGCAGAUUACGCGGUGUUCGCGUGCACACUGGCCAUCUCUGCGUUUAUCGGAAUCUUCUAUGCGAUAAAAGACCGGAACAAACAAACGACAGACGACUACCUGCUCGCCGGCCGCUCCAUGCAUCCAUUUCCGGUCGCCAUGUCGCUCCUCUCCAGUUUCAUUUCCGCGAUCACGAUUCUCGGAACGCCAGCGGAAGUAUACGUGAACAGCACGAUGUACUGGUGGAUUUCCGUGGCCAUGGUGAUCACGGCGCUAGGGGCGGGCCAAAUCUUCAUUCCGAUUUUCUACAAACUUGGCAUUACCAGCGUGUUUCAGUACAUAGACAUGCGGUUCGGGCGGCCUACCCGGGUGCUCGCCAGUAUCAUCUACCUACUCUGGAUGCUGUUGUACAUGGCCAUUGUCCUUUAUGCGCCGUCACUAGCCCUGAACGCAGUAACUGGUUUGCAUUUAUGGGGGUCCGUGGUGGCGGUCGGUGUGGUCUGCACCUUCUAUACUGCUGUAGGCGGCAUGAAGGCGGUACUGUGGGCGGACACGGUGCAGAUGGUGAUCGUGUACGCCGGGCUGAUCGCCCUUAUCGCCGUCGGCGCCAACCUACUCGGCGGAAUGGGGGAGGUCUGGAGAAUCGCAGACAGCCAUGGUCGCAUCGUGCUUCUAGAGUUCGAUCCUGACCCCAGGAUGCGGCACUCUGUGUGGACUGUGCUGUUUGGUGGUUCUGUGUUCUGGUGUUGCGUGUUCGGGACCAACCAGGCCCAGGUCCAGCGGGCCAUCUCCGUGAGAUCACUUACAGGAGCAAAGUGGUCGAUCUGGCUCAAUGUUCCCGGUAUGGCGUCUAUUAUCACUGUCAGCGUUCUUGCCGGUCUGGUCAUGUUCUCCUUCUAUGCAAAUGCCAGAUGUGACCCCGUUGAAUUUGGUAUCAUAUCAAAAUCUGACCAACUGGUUCCCUUGUACAUGAUGGAUAUCCUGAACCAGUACCACGGACUGCCGGGACUUAUGCUGUCCUGUAUAUUCAGCGGAAGUCUCAGCACAAUCUCGUCCGGUCUGAACGCCGUUGCCGCGGUGAUGCUCGAGGACUUCGUGCGCCCCAUGUGCUGCAAGGCCAUCACGACGGAGCGGGCCACUUUCUUCUCCAAGGUCUUCGUGAUUGCGUUUGGGCUGCUGUGUCUGGCGUUUGCCUUCCUAGUAUCGUUGCUAGGAACGAUGAUACUCACGUUGGCCUAUGUGUUGUUCGGAGUUCUGGGAGGACCGUUGCUGGGGAUAUUUUGCCUUGGAAUGUUGUUUCCCUGGGCUAACAAAUGGGGUGGUUUUAUAGGUCUGGCAAGCAGUCUAUCUUUUCUGCUCUGGAUUGGACUGGGCCAAGCUAUCACCGGAACCAGCGUUGUGAUCACGCCCCCGGUAGAGUCUGUCGGCUGCAACUGGACCGCUAUUAACAAACCGACCCCAUCCCCUCUGCUACCGACCACCACGCCGGAUUUUGCGCAUCCCGUUACUUCGGAAUACGAUAAAUACGAUGGUAUCAGCCGCCUUUACACGGUGUCCUACAUGUGGUACAGUGCAAUUGCCGUGCUCGCUUGCGUCGUUAUCGGCCUUCUCGUCAGCAUUAUCACCGGUAUUCAGGAUCCGAAAGAGCUGGACCCCAAGCUGGUUUGUCCGUUUUUUGACAUUUUCUGUCCCUACCUGCCAGAGACGCUGCGAAGACCGCUGAGAUUCGGGGUCAGACACGGAGAGGAGGUACCAGAAGAGGUCACGUCGGAGAAGCGACGCGAGCGGCUCGCCAGUCUUCAUUUAAACGAUGAUAUAGGGAAGCGGGCGUCAAAAGACUCCGAGAAAUCCGACAGCGUCAAUUCAGUCAACGGCACGCCAGGGGAGAAAUCCGAAGGGGUCGAGAACAAUGGGUACGAACCGCAAGGUUACGAGAUCGGCAAUGGUUCGACACGAUAUCAGACACGUCUAUAAAUCCUCUUAUAGUUACGCUUACCCAUUUUCAUAAAGUACAACUAUUCGAGGAGCCUUUUUCGUUUAUCCAGACAUUAAGAGAUAUAAAACAUACUGUCUCAGUCCACAUAUGAUUUUGUUACAUUUUUACAUAUGUCAUUAUGUGUAAUAAUACGUUUGACAAUGUAACCUAUCCCAUCGCUAAAAUUAUUUAAUUACCCCGGUAAUAACAUUUUGGCCAUUUGUUACUGUUUAUCGUAUGGUAAGCAUGUUAUGCAUCUGGAGUAAAUCAAAUUAUUUAUAAUCCAUGUUUAAGAAGCGUCUACCAAUAUUCUAUGUUUUGUAUUCACACGCACUGGAAACAUAUCAUUAAGUGUUAUUCAUUCAAACAUACAUUUUCAUUUUAAAAAGUCAUUAACUUACAUUAGAUACGAUGCUCUUUUAAAAUACAAUGAGUUGUUUUCGUUGGACUGGGGCUUUUAGAGAUGGCACCCUGCACAGGUUUCACUCAGUCAAAAAUGCGUCUCCACCAAGUUUCGUUGCUUGGAAAGUUGGAGCCCAUGUUUGUCCAUAAUCAUAUUAUGGUGCCACAUUGGUAAUGCCGGGCAAUACGAAACAAACAAAUCUAGAUCAGAGUUUAUUGAAUGCAAUAACCAGUUUGUGCAGGUUAUAAUUAUCAUGUUUCUUGAUUAUAAUCAGAAUGAAUAUGAAAUUAUUGAUACGUACACAUUACUUAUUUGUUUAAUAAAUUUAUGUUUUGUCAUUGCGUUUUAUGUCAAUGUAGCGGGCAUAAAACACCACUAUGC